CAAGUUCUCCAUGAUGCAUCAGUGAAGGCUUCAGCUUCUGCCAGGUAUAAGAAGGUCGGGUCGGUAUCCACUGCACUGUCUCCUACUGUGCUUCAAGGCGAACAGUCACAGUCCGUAAAUCAAUAUGUCUGAAGAAUCUCAUCUGGCUCAAAACACUCUGGACACCGUCGUUGUUCGCGGUCUGGCAAAAGACGAACAGGGACACGCGAUGGUACUCCAGUUCGCCCGUACGCCUCCUGACGGCCAGAACCCCCUCGUCUGGGGCACGAGGCCCGACGCUCUCCCCGAAAUGCCAAAGCGACCCCCGUCGAGCCUGCCUCCCCCUGCACAUGCUACUCUAGAUAUCGUCAUCGCGGACGAACUCGGGAGCGGCCGCGUCGGGUGCGUGUACUCUGUGCAAACCGCGCGUUGCUCGGUCUCCGACCAUGUCCCGCCGCUCGUCGUCAAGAUCACCAACAGAGACCGCCGCGACGAGCUAUGCAAGGAAGCGUGGGUCUACGAAGAGAUGGAAUGCCUGCAAGGGCCGGCAUCCCGCGCUGCUACGGGCAUACUCCUCCUCGAGCGGGUCGGGGACAAACUGCCGCUGGGAGAGCCUGUCCCACAGGUGCUUCAAGAUGACCUCUGGGGUAUAAUAAGGGAUCUCGCAGAGCUGGGCAUCGGUCACCACGAUUUGCGCUACGACAACCUCUUGAUGGCGCCGCGGUCGCCGCCUGGCCUGCCAUCGACGCCUUCCCCCUACAGCGGGCGCUCCUAUGGGUUGCGUGUCAUUGAUUUUGACUAUGCUUAUAAAUACAACAUGCCGAAGGACAGGUUGUCCGCGUCCUCGAGUUCCUUCGUUGAUCUUGUUCUCGAUAAUGUUCCCGAAGGCCGGAUCGUGAAUAUCUUCGACGAGUAG